AUGACCUCACAGCUUGCAUCCCAACUACAGAAGCUGCAGCAGCGGCCAGUAGGGGAUAAACGUCUAACACAGUCUUUUUUGUUUGACAGCACUGAAGCACGCAGUUUCUCACGAGAGCAGAUUCACCAACUCGCUGUUCAUGGUUUACAAACACUUAUUGCCAUUGAUAACCGUCUACAUCCAUUUCUUGAAGAGUUGUUCCACCCACACAAAACUCGUACAGAGCGGAAGUUACUCAGCACAGAAGAGAACCAAGCUCUUGAUGUGACGAUAGAACGUUUUUUAACAUUGUUAAGCCCUCAUAUGUUUCUCACAGCAGCACAUCAGGUAUUUGAGUACCUUGUCCGUGUACAUGAGGUGCAUGUAUACAAUGUAGCCGCAGUACUUCGAACCUUUUUGCCUUAUCAUGAUCAUAGUCUCUUUGUUCGAGCGGUCAUGUUAUUGGAUUUACGUGAUACUGGAUUUUCUUUUCUUUCAAAGAAUCAAGAAUAUGGAGCUCCACUUCUUCGUGAACAUUUGGUAUUAGCAUGUGCAGAGAGCCGAAAAGCUCUGCGGUUGGUGUGUCUCACACUUGCCAUGUCUGUCCGUAUGAAAGUACACAAUAAUGCGGCGAAUGCACUUUUCACCGGUGUGGCUGUGCAAUUGGCAUCUCAUCCAGAUGCGGAAACUAUUUGGCGUGUGUUGUUGCCUUUUCUUGUGGAGUUUCUCAGUGGUGCGGCUUCAGGAGCAGAAAAGGGCGAAUUGUUAUCACAACAACAACAACAACAACAGGAAUCUCAUCUUUUAGAAGAUACACAAGGCGGGGAUACACAAAUACAGUUACCAAGCCGUGAGGUGGUGUGUAGUGCUCUCGUUGUGUUGGCGGCAUGGAGUAAUGAGGUACAAUUAACAGUGCCAACACUCGCAACGGUGAUGAAACCAACUAUAGCCCUUUUAACCAGAGCUUCAUCCUACACGACUUUUAAUGCUUCUUCAUCAUCAUCUACUUCUUUUAAUGUUCCUGCUACCGUACCAACAAGUGAUUUGCUUGGCGUUAUUGAUCUGCUCUUCUACACUCAACGUUCUGUGGUAACUCAAGUGACAUUUGGUCCACAGAUCCAAAUGCUGUUGGCAUUGCCGUGGAAACAGUGGUCUCCGUGGAUUGCAGCAGUUGCAGAGGAAACUGCCGCCGUGGAUGCGGGAAUGUACAAUUCUCUCAUAUCUGUUCUGCUACGUCAUUGUUUACAACGACUACGAGUGGCUCACUCAUUGGAUUCUAUUAGUCCAGAUGUGUUGGGCUUUGUACAGUGUGCGGUAGAAAACCUUCCACUUUCCGAUACUUUGGUAACGGAGGUGAUUCAAACCUUAAUGACAUGUCAUGCACGGAUAUCACUUGCAAAUCCACAAGAUAACAACAACAACAAGCAGAAGAACAACAAGAAGAAGAAUAACAAUAUCAGUAAUGAGGAAGAGGAAAUAACAUCUGGUGAUAAUGAGUUAAAGAAAAAAGAAAACGAAAAUGGAAGUUCUCUAACUGCCUGGAUGAGAGCGCUAGAGCGACGCUUUGCACAUGUGUUUGAUACCACUUUAUCACAGUUACUUAAUGAUGUCACUACACAAUCUGCAGCUGCCGCUUUUGUAGCCCAACAUCUUAGUGGGACACGAUAUGAACUAUUAGAGGUUCGUGGUGCUUCUGGAAAAGUUGAACGUCUUCCUCUAUUUUCAUGUUUAUUACAUCCUUUACCAGAAGUUCGUUUGUUGGCUGCCCGAGAAUUACAUACAAUGACAGCACAACAACUAAUGACAUCCUCUUCAAAAUCUCAUGGUUCCACUGCGGGUAACUCCAUGUUGGAUCUACUGGAACACGUUAUGCAGUAUGAACAAUCCUAUAAGGUUAGUGAACAGUUCCUACACACAUCUGUUUCAGCGAUGGAAAAGUUAUUAUCCCUUACAUCAAGUGAUAAUGAGGAUGAUGAGGAUAAUAAGGAAAGUGAUAAUAAUAAUAAGAAAUCUUCUAUUGAACAAAAAAUUGUACUUUCCCAUCUUCGUAGUAUGCUUCGUUCACUUUGGAUGAUGCUUACACAACAUGACGUUAACUUGCAGAAGGAGUUCCUUCACGUUGUACUACAACCACUCAUUAUGUACGUUGAAAAACAUAUUUCAAAUUCCUCAGUAAAUAAGAAGAAUAAAAAGAAGCAACAAUCCUCAUUGAAUAUGAGUAACCAUACUCUCAGUUCUUACAAUGAAGUACAUGGUCUGUUGGUCUAUUAUUUGACACUCUUGUAUGUUGAUUGUACAGAUCGGCAAACGAGAAAACAACUGGAUCACAGUACUCUUGAGGAAGAAAGUAAUAAGAAAAGAGAUGAUCAGCUUCGUGAGUUAAUAUCAGAAUUAGAGCAACAACUACUUUCUAUUGUACCAAAUAUGAACCGUACUGCCACUUUUUUCAACCCUGCAUCCGGAGAGGAAAUGGGAAAGAACGGCAAAAAUGAUGACGACGACGACGAUACAGAAAGCAGCGAUGAUGAUGAUGAAGAGUCAGCCUUACGAGGAAAGAAAAAUGAAAAGGUUAAAAAAGGAUCUACUCUGCAAGGUACUAGUAAAGAAAUCACUGACGGAUAUCUUUCUGUUUUUGAAUCUGUACCACUCUUGUUACUUUUACGUAGUGAGGCUUCUGCACGUCUAAACUCAACACUCGCACAGUUGGCAAGCAACACCGCCGGCGAAUUUCUCUCACGGGAAUCAAGAGGAGUGAUGCUCGAAUGUUGUUUGGCAUGUGCAUCGUGUCUAACAACGGCUGCGGCAUCUGAGAUGGAUGGAGUGAUUCGUCUCUUAUGGCGCUUCUUUCUUGGUGAGAACACCGGCAGUGUUCCGUCGGAAUCAACGGCGGGUUAUUUGGAGAGUUUGCAGGAAUCGCAGCGGGCGGCAUUACGCGGAGCGGCUGUGAAAGUUGGCCGCGGUGCGAAGAACAGUUUGGCGGCGCCGUACGUGCCGCGGGAUGAAUUAACGGCGGCUGUUGGGUGGACCGUGCGCCGUGGUGUGGAGAUGCGACUGACGAGUAGCAGUCAUCAAGAUCAUCCUAAUGGUAAUCAUCUUAGUAAUGGAAAUAAUAAUAAUAAAUGUGAGGAUCCUCAACAACGUGCGGGUGAUGAGGAUGAUAAUAAUGAUUGGAUGGGAUUGGUGCGUGUGGGGCGGUUAUUGGGGCUUCUCAGUACGCCGCUGCCUGCCGUUGCGGUGAGUCCUGCACGACUCUCACCUGUUUACAUGCAGUUACUUGAACGUUGUUACAAUGUGGAGAAGAAGGGGAAUGAGGCUUCCACCGCUGCUGCUGCGGUGACAGUUACGGAUGGUGAUAAUAAAGAGAACCAGAAGACUAAAGAUAAUACUACUACUACUACUACUGAUAAUAAUAAGAAGAAUGUGUAUGGUAGUGAUGAUGGUAUGGAAGGACGCUUUCCGGUGGAUUGGUUUGAUCUCGUAUACACAGCAGUCUUCCGCACAGUUGGUAAUGAUAGUAUUAAUAAAAACAAGAAUGACGGCACAGUAGAAACGAAGAUGUUUUCACUCUCAGCAUUAACUCUCACAUUACUUACUCCACUUGCUGCACCAACAACCCGUCGGGAGCGUGUUUUGCAGGAAUUACAAGGUAUCAUUCUUACUGCAUCUUCUUCUCAUAAUAAUAAAACUACGGCUACUGUUAGUGUUGCGCAGAAGGUUAUUGAAUCUGCUAUUCAUAAGGAACAUAUUUCCGCUACGACACUUAAUGCAAUCGUUGAAGUUAUGGCACGAGAAGAAUCCCGUGGGAAUAUUACACAGACUGCUGCAGCAUUACUUUGCCGUAUGAUGGCAAAUAUGAAUAAUAACAAUGCAAAGAUGGAGCCAGUUAUGCCAUUCUCUGUUUCAUGCCAUGUACUGGAAUAUUUCUUUCCUAUUCGCAGUAAUAGUAACAAUAAUAAUAAUAAGAACAGCAACAACCGCAAGACUCGGACAUCAUCUCAUAUUGCUAUUCAUAUUCUUUUACCACUAUUAAAGAAUAUUCUUGUAACUGGUGGUAGUGGUGGUAAACAUACAGGAGCAUCCGUUAGUAGUGCUGCCUCUAACUUUCUACAUGCUGUCUGUCUGCGUACAGAUCUCAACAACACCUCAGGUGAAGGCAAAGAAGAAAAAGAAAAAGAAGAAAAGGCCGUAUUGGAAUUAUGUUUGGAACUUCUUCGCCAUCCUUUUCUCCGUGUGGCGGGAAGUCGUGUACGCCCUGUUUACCGCCAUGCCCUUCGUGCCUUCGCUAUCGCAUUAAGUCAUGGACUUGAGGGAGAACAGACAAAUUCAUUGGUGUUUAUUCCAAAUAAAAAUAAAAACAACUCAUCUACACGUGGUAGUGGUAGUGAAGUCAACACGGCGGCCUUCUUAGCACACAUGACGGAAUCCCUUUCUCAUGUGAUGUUUGAUGAUAAUACUUGUUUAAAUAGACUCGGCGCAGAUGCCGCACAGUUCUUGUUGGGUACACUUGGUGGUUAUCAUCGUCUUUUUCUCCCAUGGCUUACACGAUUAUUAAAAGAGGAAAAUGCAGAUCUUUCCAUUGUUGCUGAUGUCGUGGAAGUAUUGGCCGCUCCUUCAAUGGGAGAUACUACUACAACAACAACAAUAACAACAUCAAUAGAUACAUGGGAACCACCAUCAUGGUGUGCACUCCACUCCCCCAUGACGUUUACAGACGUACAGACACUCUUACAAUUGUGUAGUAAAGUAUUGGACAUACCACAAGAGACAGGGAAGCAUAAAAAGAAUAAGAAUUCAAAUAAAUUAAAUGAAAAGGAACAUCAAUCACAAUCCUUAUGGCCAAGGAAUGCAAAUACCCUUUCUGCGGUACGAUUGUUGUGUAGUCUCGUUGCUCUUUCUCCAUCUGUACGCAUUGAUGAUGAUGAUCAGACAGAAUCCCUCUUUGCUCUUAUUAAUGGUUUACUGGAACAGUUUCCACUCACGGCGUUAUUACCACUUCUUACAGAAUCUGAUAAUAAUGAUGAUAAUGAGAAGAGUAAUGGAAUGUUACCAUUUAAUCGCUAUGGAAUGAUGUAUGUUCGUACUGUAGUGGGUCUCUGCAUAUCUUCUCCACAUGCACUUAAUGAAGGAGAAGCACAUGGAGCCUCUCGCAUUGCUCGUGUGUUGGUGAAACAAACCGUAAUGUUAAUGGCAGCACUUCUCGUCCCAGAUGAUAAUACAACAACAACAACAACAGAGAAAAGUAGUGAAGAAACAUCCGAAUCCACAUUUUCUCGUCAUCGAAUUGAUACGAUUGCCAAUUUACUACGUAUUGUAUCUCCUCUAUUUACACCAACUGUACCUGGUUCAGUUUCAGCAUCUGCUUCUGCAGCGGCGGCUCCAAGUUUUGCCGCUUUACACAUCCCUGUUGUGGCUCUUCUUAUUCGUUUGGAGUCUAUGGACUUUUCAUUAAUGCAAAGCCGAUAUGAAAGUGCUAUGGAUGUGUGUAGUAGUUUGUUAGCAAGUUUUGAUAUCCAUACUCAACUCUCUUGUCUGGCGCAGAUGAUGCAACUCCUUAUUGAUCCACACCAGCAACUAUCUUCUUCUUCUUCAGCGGCAGCAGCAGCAGCACAGAAUCAAAGAGAGGAGGAUGAGGAAGAUGAUAAUAUUGUUAAACUUUUCCGUAAACUGGUAAAACCUAAUCAGGUCAUUAAUAGACAAGAAACUAUUUUACAUCUUGUAAAUAUGACCGUAAAAUCAGAGGCAUUCUUGGGUGGAUUCUUAGAAUUACAACAUCAUAGCCACACAUCACGAACUUCACACUCUAAACAACAACAACAAGAAGGUGAGAAUGAGAAUGAGGCAGAUGAACAUCCAGGAUCAACAGAAGUAGAAAAAGGAACAAAAACAGAUGAUGCCUGUAUGAGAUUAUUAGUUUCCUCUUUAGAACUCUUUGCCCACUACGCUGAACUUAAUGGAAGUACAGCAAAUGAUGCCCCAACAACAACAACAACCAUAACAAGGACAAAAGAAGAAAAAGAAGAAUUACCAGAAUUUGGUGAAAAUAAGGCUUUUGUGAUGCUUUUAGAACUUCUUGCUGGUAAUACAUUAGCCUGUGUACUUGCUGGUAUUAAUGAACCAACAUUUGUCUCAUGUCUACGUCGUCUUCUUACAGAUUCACGUGUACCUUUACAACGAAAGGGAUUGGAAGUAUUACUAGAUCGCUUACAUCAUGCCUUACCAACAGUCGAACACACUCUCACAGAUGCAGAGUUGGAACAACACCGACAGGAAUUACGGGAUCCAAAGCGUAAACUCACUCUUAUGGAUCUCGUACGUGUAAAGGCACGUCCAUUAGCAACUAAACGUUCCUUUGCACUUUUUCCACACCUCGCCACUCUUCUAAGUGAUUUAUUCAAAACAACAACAACAACUAAUACUACUGCAGAGUCAAGUACGAUGUUAAAUACAGCAGUAGAAAUGCUUCCACUCACUGUGAGUUGUAUGGAGGAACUUGUUCGUAUUGUUAGCAGUGGUGGAAGUUUACAAGCAGAGAAGACAUUAUUAAAUGUACACCGAUCUAAUCGUGUUACGGAAGCUAUGCUUUCAAAGUUAUUUGGAAAUAAGGCCCGUGUGCAGGAGGUUCAUCGUUGGGUGGAAGAUAUUUUGAAAAUGCUUCCACGACUUUUACACUGUGAUGCCAUGUCCGUAAAAACAGGAGGAAUUAAUACAACUGGAUCAUCAUCAUCCUUAUCAUUGCAAGAGGGAGUUUUAAUUACAGCUGCUGGACUCUUGACAGCUCUUGGAACGAUCAGUCAGGUAAUGGGUACCGCAUUUACCACUCCACAUAGUAAUGAUAUUCUACAAGUUGUAGCCUCAUCCGCCGUAUUUGCUGUAUCUGGUAUUCCAGCUAUUGUAUCCCGUAGUGAAGUGGGUUCAUUACUUCGUCAAGCUUCUCUUAGUUGUUUAUUACGUGUUUUCCCAUCAUGUUGGCUUAUGUGUCAACCUUAUCUUCCACGUAUUAUCUUUGCCGCCACACAUCUUCACAAUGUAGAUGAUACGGAAACUAAUUACCGUAGUGAAGAAACUAUGGCCAUGUUGGAAGCUGUAUUAGAGCCACAAUUAUUUAUUGAGGCCUGUACAGAGUGUUUACGUGGGGUAUCUACUUCUGUUACUACUAUGGAAUCUAAGAAAAAUAUACGAGUUCGUGUGGAAACUCAUUCUUUUGCAUUAUUCUACAAUAGUGUUAAACGACGUGUACAAGGACUUAAACGGGAAGAAUUACAACAUCUUCAUAUUCUUGUUGGUGGUACAACUCCACAAGAUAAUUUUUGGCUUGCCUCCUUUCAAGCACUUGCCACAGCACCAGCACUUCCCUCUCGUGAUAUUGUUCAACCUGUACUGGAAGCAUAUACAGUCUUCUUUUUGAAGUUUAAAUCUAAACAUUGUACACGAUAUUUAUCAACUGUAGCAGAAUGGGCAUUUGGUGGAGAUGCGGAAAGUCUUUUAAAGAAUGUACAGAAGCAACAAGCAUUACAACAACAACAAGAAGAAGAAUAUGAAGAAGAGGAAGAGGAAGAAGAAGAGGAUAAUAAUAAAAAGGGAAGGAAUGGUGGUAAUAAAAUGCAUAGGCGAGAUGAUGCCUUAUCGGUGACUCGCACAACGCUUCACUGUUGGUUACUCUUCUAUGCAUUAUGUAAUCAUUUACUAGAGAAGCUUGGAUCUAUUCUGGAUUUUGGAUUCCCUGUUGUACUUCCCUAUGUUGUGAGUACACUCACCGCCUACUGUUCUUCCACUCAACAUACCAUGAAACAAGCCGCCAGUCUCAUUGCCCGCACGUUGGAAGGGGCAUUAGAUGUCAUUCGCCGCAUUGCACUUGCACAGACACCCGCCCCCAAUCACGAUUACAGUAUUCCCGUAGAGAAUUAUCUCUCCACUCCAACCGUCUUCACGGCUGUGAUGCCGGCAUUAGUACGACAACUCACCAAUGUGGUUUAUUUAGCCGAUGGUACACAUGAUUACAACUUCCGUGUGGAUCAGUUUGUUAUUCCCGCUAUUCGUGCCUUCUUUAAUUCCCUCGCCCCUGCUGUUGGGGCCGCCCCCUCACAACUCCAGCAACAACAACAACAAAGUAAAACGCAACAGGAACUCCUGCGGGCAUUACGACACACCAGUCGACAUGUUCGCUCUGCUGUGCUGCGCUGCUUGGAUGGUGUUUACGCCGACGGCGGCGAUGAGUUGGCGGCGCGACUGAUGGCGGAGAUGUUGCCGGCCGCUGUGGAGGCGACGGAAGAUCGGGACGCGGCGGUGGUCGAACAGGCACGGCGAUUGUGUUUGAAUCUAUCCGCCAUCACUGGGCAGGAUGUACUCUAUGCGAUGAGUGCAUAA